AUGCAAAUGAGCUCACUUGUCUCCCUUGUUCCAAAUGUGUGUACCACGCGAGGUUCUUGCUCCAUAUCGUCUUUGAAAAGCGGGAUUGCUAACCAGCGUCUUUGGAAGGGAGUUAUUUCUGUGAUAAUGGGUGCUGGUCCAGCACAUGCCUUCUACUUUGCAACAUACGAGGAGUCCAGAAGGACUUUGGAUACAUUUCUCCCCCCUUCCGUUCCCUUGGUUGUAAAGACAGGCGUUUGUGGCUCCCUGGCCACCAUGGCCUCAGAUGCCCUUAUGAAUCCGUUUGAUGUGAUCAAGCAAAGAAUGCAGGCGCUCUCGGUAAGCACAUCUGCAUCUACGUCCACAUCGUUUCUCUCCACGGCACUGGGAAUUGUGCGGAACGAAGGCAUUUUGUCUCUCUAUGUUUCGUAUCCUGUUACUCUGGCGCUAAACAUUCCAUUCCAGGCUAUCCAAUUUAGCGUUUACGAGCAAAUCCACGAUAUAUUUAACCCGACACAUCAGUACUCUCCCAAAUCGCACGUCAUUGCCGGUGCGGUUGCGGGGGCUGCCGCAUCCGCAGUAACUACGCCUCUAGACGUGAUAAAGACAAUCUUACAGACAAGGACGCUGGUUGCGCGGAAUCCUUCUGAAGCUCCGAUUGCAGGUAUCAUUGAUGCCGUUGGCCGGGUUUGGCGAUCAGCAGGACCCGCAGGAUUUAUCAAAGGAAUCGUUCCAAGAAUCCUUGUACACAUGCCUUCUACGGCAAUUUGCUGGACAACCUACGAGUACUUUAAGUACUUUCUGUAA